AUGGAUGAGAAGGUACCGAAUCCAGAAAUUGGUAUGGAGUUUAAAACAGAAAAAGAUGCAUAUGAUUUCUACAAUAGUUUCGGAAGGAAAGUUGGUUUCAGUAUUCGAAAGCAUAGUGUAAAAAAAGACAAAAAGACAGGUGUAUUGAAAAUGAGAGAUUUUGUUUGUUCCAAAGAAGGCAAACGUUCAUUUGAUAAACGUGAUGUUAAUGUGAAGCAUCAUCGGGAUGAAACAAGAACAGGUUGUGAGGCACAUAUGAAAAUUAGAUUGGGAGUUGACGGAAAAUAUCGUGUUACUGAUAUUAAGAUUGAUCAUAAUCAUAUUCUUGCAUCUCCUGAAGAAGCUCAUUUGUUGAGAUCACAACGGAAAUUUACUCAAGAAGUAGUUGCCGAUAAUUGUGAUAAUGCAGGUAUAAAGCCAAAAGCGACAUAUGAUUUCAUGACUAAACAAGCCGGUGGUCGACAGAAUGUUGGAUAUAAUUUGGUAGAUUACAAGAAUUAUUUACGGACGAAAAGGGUGAAAGCAAUGAAGAAAUUUGAUGACGAAGGUCUUUUGAUAUUUUUUAAAAGAAAGCAAGCUGAAGAUCCAAUGUUCUUUUAUUGUAUUCAAUUUGAUGUUCAAGAUUGUAUCACCAACAGUUUUUGGGCAGAUGGAAGAAUGAUUUUAGAUUAUGAACGUUUUGGAGAUGUGAUUUGCUUUGACACAACCUAUAAAACAAAUGAGUAUGGACGGCCAUUUGCACCAUUUAUUGGUGUUAAUCAUCAUAGACAGACAGUUAUAUUUGGGGCUGCACUCCUCUACGAUGAAACAAUCGAUUCUUUCAGAUGGUUGUUUAGAACAUUCUGUGAUGCAAUGUGUAGAAAAGAACUCCAAACCAUUCUCACAGAUCAGGAUAAGGCUAUGUCAAAUGCCAUCAAGAUAGAGUUACCUGGAACGGUUCAUCGUAUUUGUGUAUGGCAUAUGUUUCAGAAUGCUUGCAAACAUCUAAGUCAUCUAUUUUGUUCUUCCAAGUCGUUUGGCAAUGAUUUUAGUAGAUGUGUAUAUGAUUUUGAUGAGGAGCAUGAAUUUCUUGAAGCGUGGGAAAGAAUGAUCAUGAAAUAUAAUCUCACAGAUAAUAUAUGGUUACAACAGUUAUUCAAUGAAAAGGAGAAGUGGGCAUUAGUAUAUGGAAAGAAUAGUUUUUGUGCAGAUAUGAAGAGCACGCAGCGUUGUGAAAGUUUAAAUAAGGAUUUGAAGAAAUACUUGCAUCCUGGUCAAAAUAUAAUCAGAUUUUUUGAACAUUUCGAACGCUUGGUGGAUGAUAGACGAAAUGCAGAAUUAGAAGCCAAUUUCAAAAUGACUCAAAGUUCACCAAUUAUAACUUUUCCUGUUAGCAUCCUAAAGCACGCAGCUAGUGUAUAUACACUAACUAUUUUUAAAUUAUUUCAAGCAGAAUUUGGUGAUAACCUUGAUCAAAUAGUGGAACAAGUAGAUGAGUCUGGUACAGUCAGAAAAUAUCAAGUUUUGAAUAGAAGAAAUCAAAGUCUUCACAUUGUUACCGUUGACUCAAUGGACGAGUCCAUCACUUGCAGCUGUAGAAAGUUCGAAUUCAUGGGUAUUUUGUGUUCCCAUGCAUUAAAAGCUACGAAUCAUACCCUCACAAAUAUCCCGACUAAGUACAUCUUGAAAAGGUGGACUCGAGAAGCUGCUUCAAUUUCAUUCUCCUCAUUAAGUAGUGGAAGUGACUCCAUUGACAAAAGCAAGAAAUCACAAUCCCGGCGUUACAAUAGUUUACUUUGCAAUUUUAUGAAAUUAGCAACAAUGGGUUGUGAAAGUGAAGAAGCAUUUGAAUGUGCUUCCAAGCAUUUAGAAUGGAUGUUGCAAGAUUUGAAAAAGAUUUUGAAAGCAAAAGAAAAUGAAAAAGAACCCUCAUCAUAUGUUGAAAGCCUGAGUAAUGAAAAAGGCGUUCAAGCUUAUCGGGUAAAAUUCGAAGAUGGUGAUGUGCAGCAAAGAAGUGAAAUCAUUAAAAUUAAAAAAGAAGCUCAUGAGAAAGCAAUGGAAAGUUAUUAUAUCAAAAGAAAAGGCGCUGAAAUCAUUGAAGUAAGAGAAAAAGCUCAUGAAAUUAAAAGAAAAGAGAAUUGUCGUGGUAGACGUAGAAUUAAGAAUAGCUUGGAGAGAGGAAAAUCGAAGAGAUGUAGACAGAAAGAGCAGAGAAAUACACCAAAUCCAGUCCAUCCCAGUCAACAGCCCACAUUAGUAAGCUCUAAUGUUCAAUCUCCAUUUGCUCAGGUAGCAUUUUGA